AACAAGUGUUCUGCGAUUAGCAGUGCGCAUGCGCACUGACCGGACUAACCGGAAAUUUACGCUUAUACCGCUAUUUGGGAGCAGGAAACAAUGUACUGUGCUGCGCGUGUCGGAUUGUUUUGCUGAAUAGGAAUAUGUUAUUUAAACGAACUUGAGAAACAGUUCUUGGCAUCUCGGUAUUUCCACAUUCAAGUAGAUAAGAGUUGAUUUGGACAGCGGCCCGGAUGCGAUGAGAAUACGGCCACCGAGUGAGCAGAGUUUACAAGAAACGGACUUUAAACUAUAAUGAAACCAGAGAGCAGCCAGAUGAACGGGUCGCUGGGCCCGAUGCGAGUGUUGGUGACGGGCGGCAGUGGGCUGGUGGGGCGAGCGAUAGAACGUCUGGUGAAAGAAGAGGGCGAAAACAGAAAAGGAGAAGAAUGGAUAUUCCUGACAUCCAAAGAUGCCAAUCUUCUGAGCGCUGAAGAGACGAGAGCAGCCUUCGAGAAACAUCGUCCGACGCACGUCAUUCAUUUAGCCGCGAUGGUGGGCGGACUCUUCAGAAACAUGAGACAGAACCUGGACUUCUGGAGGAAUAAUGUGUUUAUUAAUGACAAUGUGCUGAAGGCGGCUCAUGAGUUCGGAGCGCUGAAGGUCGUUUCUUGCCUUUCCACGUGUAUCUUUCCAGAUAAAACUGCUUACCCUAUAGAUGAGACUAUGAUUCACAACGGUCCGCCUCAUGAGUCUAAUUUUGGUUAUGCUUACGCCAAACGCAUGAUCGAUGUGCAGAACAGGGCGUUAUUUCAGCAGUACGGUCUGCGAUACACAGCUGUCAUCCCCACAAAUGUAUUCGGACCCCAUGAUAACUUCAACAUUGAGGACGGUCACGUCCUGCCGGGGCUGAUCCACAAGACGUACCUGGCAAAGAAGGAAGGUAAACCUCUGCAGGUCUGGGGUUCGGGUCGUGCUCUGCGUCAGUUCAUCUAUUCUCUGGAUCUGGCUCGUCUGUUUGUGUGGGUUCUGAGGGAGUACGACGAGGUGGAGCCCAUCAUUCUCUCAGUGGGAGAAGAGGAUGAGGUGUCCAUUAAGUUUGCUGCGGACGCUGUGGUCGAAGCGUUGGGGUUCAGAGGUGACGUGAUUUAUGACACUAGUAAAUCAGACGGUCAGUUCAAGAAAACGGCCAGUAACGCCAAACUACGCAAAUACCUGCCAGACUUCAAGUUCACGCCGUUCAAACAAGCCAUCCAGGAGACGUGUGAUUGGUUUGUGGCAAAUUAUGACUCCGCCCGUAAAUGAAGCUCUUCACAUCUGAUUGGCUGCAGGGAGCUUGGACACUGUUGCUUGAAACCGAACUUGAACAACACUUGAACUUUUUACAAAGACAAUCUCAUGGACCACUGCCAUCUAAGCCCUCUUUUCAUGCCAAUUUAAAGUUUUCUUUAAAUAGAUUCAUUUUACAAGAAUGCAGUUACUAAAUCUGCACAAUGCUGCGUUUUUAAAUGCAUUUAUUAAUGCAUAAACCGCUUCAGAUGGCGCCAUCUAGCGGCCACGCGCGGGACAUCCUUAGUAUCUCAACCAAGGUUUAAAAUUAAGCCCCAAAUUAAAGCAUUGGUGAGUAUUUUUUAUUUUAAUUUUAACAAUGCAUGGAUGUAAGAACUCAGUAAGUAGUGCUGUUAUGAAAUCACAAAAGCAAUAUGUAAGUAUAUUGUCCAAAACAAUAGGUGUUCACUUUUAACGCUGAAGACGUUUUCUGUGAAUGUGCGAGUUCAUCAGUAAACGGUGAAAACCAGUGUGUUCACAAUUAAGAUAAUGCAAUUUAAAUAAUAUGGUAAGACUCAUCAGUUUGCAAUAUCAAGCAGCAAAACAAUUGCUUUAUACAGCUAAAAAUAGCUGGAAACGGAUGACACCGGAAGCCACACAUUAAAUUUACAAAUUUACUUUCUGAACAUCAAAUUGAAAACUGAUACGAAACAUCCUAUUGAUGUUUUAUUGCAGAUUAGAAAAUGUGCAAAUACGUCUGUGAUAUCAGGGUACGACAUUCACUGCUAGAUGGUGAUCUCUUGAACCAAUGAAGGAGUUUCUUAUAGUUGACUUUGGGUCAGUUUUAUGAUGAAGAUUGAUUUCUUGUUAAUUUAAUCGAUUGUAAUACUUGUGGAUGUAUAAGGAGAAAUGGAGAGUGAUACUUAAUUGUGUAUAAUUGAGCAAACAUUGCUAAAUAACACAAAAAUCAAUAAAAAAAAUUAUACAGAA